AUGGCAGCCUGCUGCAUCCAGUGUUUCCUGUUCCUCUUCCUGCUGGGAGCCUCUCACUGGACUUUGGCCCAAAAUCUACACUGUGAGGUGGGUAGAAACCUGCAUUUAGAAGACGAUCCAGGCCGGACCUUUAACUGGACGUCGAAGGCUGAGAGGUGCGACCCGAACGAACUUUGCCAGGAAACUGUACUGUUGAUUAAAGCAGAAGGAACCAAGACUGCCGUUUUGGCCAGUAAAGGUUGCGCUGAUCAAGAGAUCGAGUCGAUGACUUUCAUUCAGUACACCCCCCCUGCUGGCCUGAUUGCUGCCUCCUACAGUAACUACUGCAAUUAUACCCUCUGCAACAACAGAGACAGCAUUUCCCCGUUCUGGAAACCGCCAGAGACCAUAGCAACUUCUCGCAUGUCAGGAGCCCUCCGCUGCCCAACAUGUGUGGCCCUGGGGCCCUGUGCCAAUGCCCCCUCUCUGCCCUGUCCCAACAGUACAACUCAGUGCUAUCAAGGAACACUUGAACUCUCUGGAGGAGGUAUGGACUCCGUCGUGCACGUCAAAGGCUGCACCACAAUGAUCGGCUGCAGACUGAUGGCUACAAUGACCUCGGUGGGACCCAUGACGGUGAAGGAGACCUGCAGUUACCACUCAUUUCUUCAGCCCCGAAAGGCAGAAAGUAAGGCCUCCUGGAUGCUCAGCUCACUGUGGCUGCUGGAGCUACUGUCGCCGGCAUUGCUGCUGCCCCUCAACCACUUUGCCUGA